CUUCCUUUCCCCAAAAUUCCCGUGGAAUUUUUGGCUCAAAUGCAAAUUGUCUGGACUAAACCACAAGACCACUUGAGGAGUAGACUUGAGAUAAGGCUAAUCUCUCACUCAACAAGCUGAUAAGCUCAGCAGGCUGGGCUGAAAAUCAUUCAGUAGUCGACAGAAUUUCCAGCUCUAAAGAUGGUCAGAAGAAAUCUCUUUCUAAUCUCCUCGUCCAAAGUGCACGGGUACGAGUACCUUCAGCAUUCCCGAGAAGCCCUCACGGACUUCUUCAAGAAGCACAAUGUCACCAAGGUGCUCUUUGUUCCCUUCGCUCUGUUCAACUACGAUAAGUACACGAAGAAAGUGGGCGAUGUUCUGACUUCCUGGGGCUUCGAGGUUGAGGGAAUCCAUCGGAAGGAGGAUCCAGUGGAGGCUGUUCGCAAGGCUCAGGCAAUUUACGUGGGCGGAGGGAAUACUUUCCUACUGCUGAAGUUGCUGUACGAGAAGAAUCUCGUGGAAGCCAUCCGGGAGCGUAUUUUCAGCGGAGAAGCUGUCUAUGUGGGCAGCAGUGCUGGAACCAAUGUCGCCACGGUCAGCAUCAAGACCACCAACGACAUGCCCAUCAUCUACCCUCCGACUUUCGAUGCCCUCGGCCUAGUGCCCUUUAACAUCAAUCCUCACUAUCUGGAUCCUCUUCCUGGAAACACGCAUCACGGAGAGACUCGUCAGCAGCGUAUCGAGGAGUUCCAUCAUCUCAACAAAACUCCGGUAGUUGGAUUGAGGGAGGGAACUUGCCUUCUGGUCGAGGAUGACAAGAUUACUUUGCUUGGGGACUUCAAUGCCAGGCUUUUCAUGAAGUCGCAGCCUCCCGCCGAAGUGCCCCCCAAUUCCGAUAUGAGCUUUCUGCUGAGGCAGUGAGACUGUCAUGUGCAUCCUCUCUAAACCCUUUGUGACCUUUUAAGCAAUAAUAAAGAUUUGAUUCUGCAGGCAA